GGGUACACAAGAACAGUUUUUGCAACAAAGCCAUUAUAAAGUAAGCAUUGGGGAGAGGGAUAUAAAGAGACCAGGCCAGAGACGAGAGGAAGAGACUGUGUGAAACUGUGACCUAUGAGUGGCAGAGAUUUCCGUGCUUUCAUCACGAGCCGCUGCUCUGAAGAGACAGAAAAGUUGACUCGGAGAACACAAGCUGAUCUGGGCAGCUCAAAGUGUAAACUGACCCAAUAUGAGCAACUGCGGAACAUGCUGGAGGCCAAACGCCUCUCUUCUCAGCGAAGUGAACAGAAGGUGCAGCAGGUGUUGCGUGCUGCUCAGGUGAUGAAGGAGAAGAGUGUUCUGAGACAGCACAGACAGGUGUGGAUCCAAGAGCAUUACAGACUCAACACAGCCAGAUAUAAAGCUGAGGAAGACUUUCAAAGUUUUCUUUGUGAAGUUGGGUUUGAACACGGAGCAGACACAUGUGUCCCAUCUGAGCUGCUGGAAGACGAGUUGAAUUUAGAACAGGAGCGUGAGGCGUUUCGAUUGGCUACUGUGGAACCUGUUCAUCAGCUGAGAGACGAUCUACAAUACAGACUGACAUCACACUGCACAACAGCCAAUCAUAGCAGUGAGCUGCAGGAUGUCCUACAACAGGUUGUGUCUGUGAGACAGCAGCAGGAGGAGGUGAUGCUCAGACUGCAGUGUGAAUGUGUCGCUCUACAGCAGCAGAUCUCCGAUACUCAACUCAAGGAGCGGCUGCUUUCUGCUGUGAUGGGAGAUCCUGUAUCAGAUCUGGAGAAGAUUCCAAAAGAGAUCAUCACAGCAGACUGUCCGUAUCCUGACCUCAGAUCAGAUCUGAUCAACAGCUUCAUCUCGCUCACUGACAAAUAUAAACACAGACUUCAGACAGUGCAGGACAGACUACAGGGCAUGGACAGGAAUUGUGGCUGGAAUGAGGCAGAUCAUGAGUUUUUCAAGCACAUAGUGAGUCAGUAUUCUCCAGCCCUUAGGAACCAGCACGCGCUCUGCACAAACAUGCUCCAGAGAGCGCUGCCACAUAUAAGCCCUCAGGAACUGGGUGCACAUGAGCGCUGCAGUAACUGGUAUCAUUUCAGCGUGGCUCAGAGGCAUCUUAUACUGCAGGGCUGGCAGCGGGACCGUUCUGAGCUACUCCUGAGGGCCUUGAGUGUGCUGGACGAGUCAAGAAUCAAUCAUCUAAAGCAGAAGGAGCUUCAGAACCAGCGCUCACACCAGCACAGCAUCUGCCUGCAGCUUAGAGAGAAGCUGCAGAAGUGGCGCGCUCAGCAGGAUGAGGCUGUGGAGUUGGAGGCUGCUCUCACUGCACGCCUCUACAAAGAAGAAGAAGAUAGACUGAAGAAACAACAGCACAUAGAGAAGAGUAGAAGAGCUCGACUGACACAACAGGUGAAUAAGUUUCAUGAAGAGCAGCAGAGGAGAAGAGAGGAGCAGAGAAUGAGAGACAUGGAGAGACUUGCUGAACUGAGGAAAGAGAUGGAAGAACAGAUGAAGAGAGAUAAAGAGAAGGUGAAGUUCAGAGAAGAACUGUUACAGCAGAAAAUACAGCAGCGAGAGGCUAAAGAAAAGCAAAAAAAGAAGGAGGAGGAUGAGAGAGAGGAGAGACUACAGGCCUUACGCAACCAGGUCUGUAAAGUAGCUGAGGCUGACCCAGAGAGGAUGAUGGGAGAAACAGCAGCGUGGAGAGUACGACAACACUCUGAUGAAGUGUUUCCACUGCAAAGACCACUGUACCAGCUAAACACAUACACUGAUACACAGAUUGCGUCUGAUCCGAGAUUGCGAGUUGAACAGGCUCUCAGAAGUGCAGGUCUGCACAACACUGUCUACGCCAGACACGUCCUGUCUGAGAUCCAACCUCUAAAACCACCCAGACGAGACAUGGAGUCCACCGUCUUCAGAUCCUAACCACAUCACUUUAUUAAAUAUUCAUGAUCAUUUAUUAUACAUAAUCAUAGUUAUAUAAGCAUGUUCAGAGACAGUGAGGAAAGCACUCUAUCCACAUUCAUUUGCACAAAUCGUUUUGACACUAUGUAAUUUGAAUCCAACAGGAAUUGUGUAAAAAUAUUGAAUUAAAGGAGUCAUAUCAUUCUAAAGUUUUUUCUCCCUAAGGCUUAUAAUGUUAGUCAUUUUUGCUGCAAAACAUAAUAUAAUUUUUCAUGACCAUUAUCCACCUUUUCUCUGACUGAAUUUUUGGCUGCU